CCUGCAGAAGCCGCUUCCCUGCACUACACACUUGAACGCCGCUGCCCACGGCUGAAGCUCCGCUCCGCCACUAAUCUCUCCAGGAGCAACUCUUUGUUUAUUACGUCCUUCAGUGGAAAAUACAGAAUCUGUUGAUGCGAUUUAGAGAUCACUUCAAGUUAAGGCGGCCGCGUCAAGUUAAUUUAAAUCCAAGCUUUGUUUGGCUCUGGGAUAAUCGUGCAGGAUCUGCGGCGGAUACACUGUUACUCCUGCGUGCAGACAGAGGAGCUCAAAUGAUCUGGGUGGAUGGUUUUAAAUGUUGAUCAGCUUUAUCACAAUAUUCACUGGACGUAACUAGAAGAUCCUGGACUCCCCUUCUCCUCUGUUAACAAACAGAGGGACAAUGUUGUUGGACAAACUGUGCUGGCUACUGGCCCUGCUGGCCCUAUCUUCCGGGGGGCUGCCCCCCUCCAACGAGCCCCUCUCUGCUCCCAGGAUCUUCCUGUCCUUCAAAGAGGUAAAGUCCACCGGCACUGCUCACCACUUCUCCUUUUUGCUGAACUCAACCGACUAUCGGAUCCUUCGCAUGGAUGAGGACCACGACCGCAUGUAUGUGGGCAGCAAAGAUUAUAUCCUCUCUCUUGAUCUGCAUGACAUCAACAAGGAGCCGCUCAUAAUCCACUGGCCUGUUGCCCCCCAGAGGAAGACUGAAUGCAUCCUGUCAGGGAAAGACACCAAUGGGGAAUGUGGAAACUUCAUCCGUCUGAUUGAGCCGUGGAACCGGACCCACCUGUAUGUGUGUGGAACAGGCGCAUACAACCCCAUCUGCACCUACGUGGACCGAGGACGCAGGUCGCAGGGGUCCCACUACCUACAGGCACCCCAAUCUGGAGGGAGAACAAGUCGGGCAGCAGACUACAGCACUACAUCAGAGCCUUUGGAGGCGAAGGAAUACAUUUUCCGGCUUGAACCUGGUAAAGUGGAUUCUGGGAAAGGAAAAUGUCCUUAUGACCCCAAACUUAACAGUGUCUCUGCUUUGAUCAAUGGAGAGCUGUAUGCAGGAGUCUACAUUGAUUUCAUGGGAACAGACUCUGCUAUCUUCCGUACACUGGGGAAGCAGACAGCCAUGCGCACUGAUCAGUACAACUCCAGAUGGUUAAACGAUCCCACAUUCGUCCAUGCACACCUCAUCCCAGACAGCGCUGAGAAGAAUGAUGACAAGCUCUACUUCUUCUUCCGCGAGAAAGCCUCUGAGAUGGGCCAGAGUCCCAUGACCCAGUCCAGGAUAGGGCGGAUCUGCCUGAAUGAUGACGGCGGACACUGCUGUCUGGUCAACAAGUGGAGCACAUUUCUGAAAGCUCGACUCAUCUGCUCAGUGCCUGGAGCUGACGGCAUUGAGACACACUUUGAUGAACUAAGAGAUGUGUAUAUCCAGCCAACUCAAGACACCAAGAAUCCUGUCAUCUAUGGAGUCUUCUCAGUUUCAGGAUCUGUGUUUAAAGGCUCGGCAGUGUGCGUCUACUCCAUGGCUGACAUCCGUAUGGUCUUCAAUGGACCUUUUGCCCACAAGGAGGGGCCCAAUUACCAGUGGGUGGCAUACACUGGGAAGAUCCCCUACCCACGACCUGGCACUUGUCCUGGAGGCACUUUCACCCCCAACAUGAAAUCCACAAAGGAUUACCCAGACGAGGUUAUCAACUUCAUGAGAAACCACCCCACUAUGUACAAUGCUGUAUACCCAGUGCACAAGCGCCCCCUGGUGGUCAGAACCAAUGUGGACUACGAGUUCACCACAAUUGCAGUGGACCAAGUGGCAGCUGCUGACGGGAGCUACGAGGUGCUCUUCCUGGGCACAGAUCGGGGGUCAGUCCAGAAAGUGAUUGUCCUGCCUAGAGAUGACUUGCAGACAGAGGAGCUGGUCUUGGAGGAAGUGGAGGUUUUCAAGGUUCCCACGGCGAUUACCACCAUGAAGAUUUCAUCAAAACGGCAACAACUGUAUGUAGGAUCAGUCUUGGGGGUGACCCACCUGGCUCUCCAUCGCUGUGAUGUGUACGGGGAGGCCUGCGCUGACUGCUGUCUGGCCAGAGACCCGUACUGCGCCUGGGACGGCAAAUCCUGCUCCAGAUAUUCAUCUUCACAGAAGAGAUCUGACCCUUCUAGACGGAGCCGUCGGCAGGAUGUAAAGUACGGCAACCCAAUCCGCCAAUGCCGAGGUUAUAACUCUAACACCAAUAAGAAUACUCUGGAGACAGUUCAGUAUGGGGUGGAGGGCAGCACUACGUUCCUGGAGUGCCAGGCCAGGUCUCCUCAUGUGUCUCUCAAGUGGCACCUGCAGAAGGAAAACAGCGACAGGAGAAAAGAGAUUCGCUCAGAGGGCCGCAUCCUAAAAACAGAACAAGGUCUUCUGAUCCGCUCACUGCAGUCCUCUGAUAGCGGCAUCUACCAGUGCACAUCCACAGAGAAAAACUUCAAACACACGCUUGUUAAACUGCAGCUUGUGGUCCUUUCCAGUCGCACGGUCAACAAUGUGUUGGUGGAAACAGGCAGCCCGGCCCUCCCUCCUCUGCAGUCCAGUGCCUGGACUCCGAGCGCCGGUCAGUAUAAGGACUUGCUGACAAUCCUAAGCCAGCCAGAGAUGGGCCUGAUCAACCAGUACUGCCAGGAUUACUGGCAGCUUGGAGAAGGCAGCAUUGGGGACAGCAAAGCCAAAAGCCUGAAGGAGCUGAAAGAACAGAAGAAGCCUCGCAACCGUCGGCAUCAUGAUGAGCUAACAACUCCAGCUGAGACAUGAGGAGCUUAUUAUACUCAAACACCCCCAGUCUACCUUUUCACACCAUCUCCUAAACACUGCAACCCUCCAUUUAGGAGAAUGACUCCAGUUAGAAAAAUCUAAUUAUCGUAAUGGACAAGACAGAUACUACAACCAAAAGCAACAGCAUCAAACUGUUUCUAUGUAACUGUUGGGAAAAAAUACACAAUAUUUAUUGUAGGUUGUAAAAAGUAAUUCUUUGUACCUAUCUAGAAAACAUGUUUUUUUUGUGAAUAGGUAAAUCUGUGCAAAUAUUGUUGUUAUUAUAAAAUUAUUGUUAGUGUUAUUGUUUAUUAAUGUGUUGUUAUGUUGAGAAUAUCUUUAUGUUUGGUGUUUUUGAGAAACAGCAACAAUAACCCAGGACAUUGGGAGUAUCCACACAUGGACAAGGACCGAUGAACGUGUAUUCAGAAACUGUUAGAGGCGACCAUGUUGGAUCACUUGACUGCUGGCAGUAUUCAGUGUAAAAGCUGGAAGUCGAGUCACUGGUUCAGUGAAAUUCUCGAACUUCUCUAAACUUCUUCACCAGAACUUUCUACUGUAUAGCAGACAAUUUGAUUGUUUUUUACUGCAAGAUACAAGCUGUUGACAGAAUGAUGAUGGCAUUUCUUGGGACAUGCAAGGAUAAAAGAAAUGCCUACAGACUGCAGCUCAUACAGUCACAUGUUAAUGAAAGGCCCUUUGUGGCAGGUAAGACGUCUCUCCUUUCAUGUUGUGGUCCAGCCCGGCCUCAAGUAAUGAUGUUACAUCACCCGCCCAGAUUCUUCCAAAAUCAGUUUCUGCCAAGUGUUUGUUUUGUUUAUAUGUGAAUAGCACAUCUCAAUGUUGUAACCUUAACAAGCGUGAUCUUUGUGAUAAGCUGUUCUUUUUUGGGGGGGAAAGGGUCUUUAACGACACAAAAGCUGAAAAUAUAACAUUGCCUUCUCUUUUCUCUUUUGAGAUAAGAAAUUCCAGCAGGCAGCUAUAUGUGAGUUUGUGACAGUUUGUGAUAAUGAAAAAAAAUUUUAGAGACGAAGCACCUUCUGUUGCCAAAUUGGUAAUAAACAGUAAAUGCUUCACAUGUAUCUGUGGCAUAUGCAGUAUAUUCAUAUAAGGCAGAGUAUGCAGUUUGUAUGCUCAAAGGUUGUUGUUUUUUAAGCUCUGAAUGAAUCCAAAGUUUGCAUUCCUGCCAGUUUCAUGCUAAAUAUUGGUUUCACUAAGUGAAUAUUAAUCAUGUAAUCAGUCUACACUUCUAUUAGAUUACAGCCACAAAUGUGCUGAUUUGCAGUGCUUUGGGAAUUGACUACUUUGAUUGGUGCUGUAUUUACUGUAUCAGCUGGUUAACAACAGAGCUUUCACAGCUACUUUUUUGUCAGCCCAGUGCAGUAACGUCCUGUUAUGAUACGUGCCACAGAUGUCAUAUAAAACUGUUUGUACUGAGCAACUUCCAUACAGUAAAAAAAAAAUGCCACAAGUACAACCACUAACAAGCUGAUCACCGCCAAACCUGAAGAGAAACGUGUACCAAAACCUUCAGAAGGUGGCUUUUCAUUGUGCAUGGCAUGUACAGUGUAUGUAUACGGUAUUUGUCUAAAAUGCUAUGUUGCUGUGGAUGUCAGUGAAUGUCUGUCUUGUUGUGGGGAUAUGGAAAUACUGUCAGUGCAAGAAAGAUGUGCUCAAACCUUUUAUGGUGGGAAAUGCUGAGUACAGAAAGGUCAGAUUGUGAUUUUAAAUCCUCUUUCUCUCUCUCUCUCUAUCUCUUAGUCUCUAUUCUCUCUCGUUCUUGUUCUCAAAAAUUUGCAAAACAAAUUUUGCAUAUAUUUCAAACAUGUGCAUCUAUUUUAUUUUCUCUGUUUGGCAGACUUUGCUCUGGGUCAUUGAGGUAAAGUAAUGUAUGAUAUAAUGCACAGUUGAUGUUAUUGUAAUGACUUGUAAAAAUUACUAUCUUUUCUUCCUCAUCAAUGUUGCUGACUAAUAAAUUAAAGCUCUAUAUUUUAUAAUAA